AUGGCACAGCGGGCCUCCUGCACCCGCUCACCCUCAGCUCAGACCCGCAGCCCCGAUCCACGGCAGAGCAGCCCUCCUGGACCCGCUCACCCUCAGCUCAGACCCGCAGCCCAGAUCCACGGCAGAGCAGCCCUCCUGCACCCGCUCACCCUCAGCUCAGACCCGCAGCCCAGAUCCACGGCAGAGCGGGCCUCCUGCACCCGCUCACCCUCAGCUCAGACCCGCAGCCCAGAUCGACAGCAGAGCGGGUCUCCUGGACCCGCUCACCCUCAGCUCAGACCCGCAGCCCAGAUCCACGGCAGAGCAGGCCUCCUGGACCCGCUCACCCUCAGCUCAGACCCGCAGCCCAGAUCCACGGCAGAGCAGCCCUCCUGGACCCGCUCACCCUCAGCUCAGACCCGCAGCCCAGAUCCACGGCAGAGCGGGCCUCCUGGACCCGCUCACCCCCAGCUCAGACCCGCAGCCCAGAUCCACGGCAGAGCAGCCCUCCUGGACCCGCUCAGCCUCAGCUCAGACCCGCAGCCCAGAUCCACAGCAGAGCAGCCCUCCUGGACCCGCUCAGCCUCAGCUCAGACCCGCAGCCCAGAUCCACGGCAGAGCAGCCCUCCUGGACCCGCUCAGCCUCAGCUCAGACCCGCAGCCCAGAUCCACGGCACAGCAGGCCUCCUGCACCCGCUCACCCUCAGCUCAGACCCGCAGCCCAGAUCCACGGCAGAGAGGGCCUAUUGGACCCCCUCACCCUCAGCUCAGACCCGCAGCCCAGAUCCACGGCAGAGAGGGCCUCCUGGACCCGCUCACCCCCAGCUCAGACCCGCAGCCCAGAUCCACAGCAGAGCAGCCCUCCUGGACCCGCUCAGCCUCAGCUCAGACCCGCAGCCCAGAUCCACGGCAGAGCAGCCCUCCUGGACCCGCUCACCCUCAGCCCAGAUCCACAGCAGAGCGGGUCUCCUGGACCCGCUCACCCUCAGCUCAGACCCGCAGCCCAGAUCCACGGCAGAGCAGGCCUCCUGGACCCGCUCAGCCUCAGCUCAGACCCGCAGCCCAGAUCCACAGCAGAGCAGCCCUCCUGGACCCGCUCACCCUCAGCUCAGACCCGCAGCCCAGAUCCACGGCAGAGAGGGCCUAUUGGACCCCCUCACCCUCAGCUCAGACCCGCAGCCCAGAUCCACGGCAGAGCGGGCCUCCUGGACCCGCUCACCCCCAGCUCAGACCCGCAGCCCAGAUCCACGGCAGAGGAGCCCUCCUGGACCCGCUCAGCCUCAGCUCAGACCCGCAGCCCAGAUCCACAGCAGAGCAGCCCUCCUGGACCCGCUCAGCCUCAGCUCAGACGCGCAGCCCAGAUCCACGGCAGAGCAGCCCUCCUGCACCCGCUCACCCUCAGCCCAGAUCCACAGCAGAGCGGGUCUCCUGGACCCGCUCACCCUCAGCUCAGACCCGCAGCCCAGAUCCAUGGCAGAGCAGGCCUCCUGUACCCGCUCACCCCCAGCUCAGACCCGCAGCCCAGAUCCACGGCAGAGCAGCCCUCCUGGACUCGCUCACCCUCAGCUCAGACCCGCAGCCCAGAUCCACGGCAGAGCGGGCCUCCUGCACCCGCUCACCCUCAGCUCAGACGCGCAGCCCAGAUCCACGGCAGAGAGGGCCUAUUGGACCCCCUCACCCUCAGCUCAGACCCGCAGCCCAGAUCCACGGCAGAGCAGCCCUCCUGGACCCGCUCACCCUCAGCUCAGACCCGCAGCCCAGAUCCACUGCACAGUGGGCCUCGUGGACCCGCUCAGCCUCAGCUCAGACCCGCAGCCCAGAUCCACGGCAGAGAGGGCCUCCUGGACCCGCUCACCCUCAGCUCAUACCCGCAGCCAAGAUCCACGGCAGAGCGGGCCUCCCGGACCCGCUCACCCUCAGCUCAGACCCGCAGCCCAGAUCCACGGCAGAGCAGCCCUCCUGCACCCGCUCACCCUCAGCUCAGACCCGCAGCCCAGAUCCACGGCAGAGCAGCCCUCCUGGUCCCGCUCAUCCCCAGCUCAGACCCGCAGCCCAGAUCCACAGCAGAGCAGCCCUCCUGGACCCGCUCAGCCUCAGCUCAGACCCACAGCCCAGAUCCACGGCAGAGCAGCCCUCCUGGACCCGCUCACCCUCAGCUCAGACCCGCAGCCCAGAUCCACGGCAGAGCGGGCCUCCUGGACCCGCUCACCCCCAGCUCAGACCCGCAGCCCAGAUCCACGGCAGAGCAGCCCUCCUGGACCCGCUCAGCCUCAGCUCAGACCCGCAGCCCAGAUCCACGGCAGAGCAGCCCUCCCGGACCCGCUCAGCCUCAGCUCAGACCCGCAGCCCAGAUCCACAGCAGAGCAGCCCUCCUGGACCCGCUCAGCCUCAGCUCAGACCCGCAGCCCAGAUCCACGGCAGAGCAGCCCUCCUGCACCCGCUCACCCUCAGCUCAGACCCGCAGCCCAGAUCCACAGCAGAGCGGGCCUCCUGUACCCGCUCACCCCCAGCUCAGACCCGCAGCCCAGAUCCACGGCAGAGCAGCCCUCCUGGACCCGCUCACCCCCAGCUCAGACCCGCAGCCCAGAUCCACAGCAGAGCGGGCCUCCUGUACCCGCUCACCCCCAGCUCAGACCCGCAGCCCAGAUCCACGGCAGAGCAGCCCUCCUGGACCCGCUCAGCCUCAGCUCAGACCCGCAGCCCAGAUCCACGGCAGAGCAGCCCUCCCGGACCCGCUCAGCCUCAGCUCAGACCCGCAGCCCAGAUCCACAGCAGAGCAGCCCUCCUGGACCCGCUCAGCCUCAGCUCAGACCCGCAGCCCAGAUCCACGGCAGAGCAGCCCUCCUGCACCCGCUCACCCUCAGCUCAGACCCGCAGCCCAGAUCCACAGCAGAGCGGGCCUCCUGUACCCGCUCACCCCCAGCUCAGACCCGCAGCCCAGAUCCACGGCAGAGCAGCCCUCCUGGACCCGCUCAUCCCCAGCUCAGUCCCGCAGCCCAGAUCCACGGCAGAGCGGGCCUCCUGCACCCCCUCACCCUGAGCUCAGACCCGCAGCCCAGAUCCACGGCAGAGAGGGCCUAUUGGACCCCCUCACCCUCAGCUCAGACCCGCAGCCCAGAUCCACGGCAGAGCAGGCCUCCUGGACCCGCUCACCCUCAGCUCAGACCCGCAGCCCAGAUCCACAGCAGAGCAGCCCUCCUGGACCCCCUCACCCUCAGCUCAGACCCGCAGCCCAGAUCCACAGCAGAGCAGCCCUCGUGGACCCCCUCAGCCUCAGCUCAGACCCGCAGCCCAGAUCCAUGGCAGAGCAGCCCGCCUGGACCCGCUCACGCUCAGCUCAGACCCGCAGCCCAGAUCCACGGCAGAGCAGCCCUCCUGGACCCCCUCACCCUCAGCUCAGACCCGCAGCCCAGAUCCACGGCACAGCGGGCCUCCUGGACCCGCUCAGCCUCAGCUCAGACCCGCAGCGCAGCAGGCCUCUGA